AAGAGUUUAUGAUCAUUCAUUUCCACCUAACUGUCCCUGACCAGCCAACCUGGAAUUUAGGGACUUUUUGGUGGAGCAAUUACUCGCCAAUUUCAGAGCAGUAUGAUAAAUUCUGACCCUGGGAAGAACUAGGACUGUAGAGGGCAAGACAGCUUCUUUUCUUGAGAAACUACACAAGACAUCAUCAUAAAACCCUCUUCUUCCUCAGCUACUGCAGUAGAAAAAUGUCAGGGAAGCAGCAGCUGAUCAUGCGCUUUCCAAGAGCUCCGCAUGGGACGCUUCGUAAAAAAGGGGAACAGGCAGACUUGUCCUUCCCUGGGCUGUGGAAAGUCUCCGAUCCAACUCUGUUCCAAGUGACCUUGCUCUCUGCUCUGGUGGCCACUGUUCUUGGCAAUUGUGGUCCUCCACCCAUUUUACAAUUUGCUUCUCCACUAAGACACGUGAAUGAGACAGAGUUUGAAGUUGGAAGUGUCCUGAGAUACACGUGCCGCCCUGGAUACAGUAGGGUCGCUUCAAAUCAGGUUCUUACUUGUGCCUCUGAUGGCCAGUGGGAGUAUAAUGUCUUCUGUACCAAGAGACGAUGCGGAAACCCAGGAGAGUUACCUAAUGGGGAAGUGGAAAUUAAAACAGAUCUGUCUUUGGGAUCACACAUAAAAUUCAGCUGUUUAGAAGGAUAUGUCUUAGUUGGUUCAACUACUAGUUAUUGUGAAGUCCAAGAUAAAGGAGUUGACUGGAGUGAUCCUUUCCCACAAUGUGUAAUUGCCAAGUGUGAGGCCCCUCCAGACAUCAGCAAUGGGAAGCACAAUGGUGGCAAUAAAGACGUGUAUGAGUAUGGCGCCUCUGUCACCUACAGCUGUGACCCACACUUCUCACUCAUAGGCAAAGCCUCCAUUUCCUGCACAGUAGAGAAUAAAACCACAGGUGUCUGGAGCUCCAGCCCUCCUGCCUGUAAACGAAUCAACUGUCCUCAACCAAAGGUACUACAUGGAAAUAUUGUUUCUGGAUUUAGAGCCCGCUAUACUUACAAAGAUUCUAUUGUGUUUGAGUGCCAGAAGGGUUUCAUUCUCAGAGGCAGCAAUUUAAUUCAUUGUGAAGAGGAUAACAAAUGGAAUCCUUCUCCUCCUACUUGUGAGCUCAAUAGUUGUACUGGCUUACCAGAUAUUCCACAUGCUUCCUGGGGAUAUCCUCGGCCAAGAAAAGAGGAAAGGUAUGCUGUUGGGACUGUGUUUAAAUACUACUGUCAUUCUGGCUAUACACCCAGGGUGAAUGAGCAUACAACUGUGACUUGUCAAGAAAAUUUGAGAUGGACCCCCUAUAAAGGGUGUAAGGAGUUAUGUUGCCCAAUGCCAGACCUAAAGAAUGGCGAAAUCCUUCAUCAUAGAAAACAUCAUCGCAGCAAUGACUGUGUCUAUUUCUAUGGAGAUGAGGUUUCAUAUACAUGUUCUAUGGGAGGCAAAAUUUCAGCUGUAUGUCAAGCAGAUGGUACAUGGAGUCCCCAAACACCAGCAUGUGAUGACAGUUGCAAUAUUCCUCCUACCAUUGCCCAUGGACAUCAUACAGGAGUUCAAACAUCCAUAUUCUCUCUUUUUACUACGUAUGAAUGUGAGGAAGGAUACACAUUGGUUGGAGAGGCAAAACUCUCUUGCCGUUCUUCACACUGGUCACCUUCACCCCCUCAGUGUAAAGCUCGGUGUGUGAAACCAGAAAUAGUGAAUGGAAAGCUGUCUGUGGAUAAGGAUCAGUACAAUGAACUUGAAAAUAUCUCCAUCCGUUGUGACUCUGGCCAUAAUAGAAUCGGUCCCCAAAUCAUCACAUGCUUAGAGAACAGAACCUGGUACCCAGAGCUGCCCAAGUGUGAGUGGGAGGUUGCUGAAGGCUGUGAGCAAGUGCUUGCAGGCAGGAAACUCAUGCAGUGUCUCCCAAACCCAGAGGAUGUGAAAAUGGCUCUAGAGCUAUAUAAGCUAUCUCUGGAAAUUGACCUACUGGAACUACAGAGAGACAAGGCAAGAAUGUCCACUCUAGAGACAGAAUUAUAAUUUUCCAAAAAGAGGACAAAAAGGUACCUUCCUGGCUUGCCUCCCAUAAUUUGAUAUAGGUUAUUUCAGUUUAGCAUAUCUACUUUUGCUUUGGCCCUGAUAUUCAUUGUAAUAAAUGUUUAGAAAUGUUAAUUUGUUAGAGUUUAGUGCUUUGAGAUUGUAGAAUGAUCGAUCAUCUUGUGGCUCAUGUUUUUGCUUUUCUGGACAUUCAAGUACAUGUUUUAGUCCAGAAAAAAGGAGGGAUGAGGAAAAAAAAGGAGGGGAGAGGGGAGGCUGGGAGGAGGGAGGGUUUUGGAGGAGAUCCAACCUAAUGUGCAUAAUGCGAUAGUACAUUUCUAUACUACUAAGAAUAGAGUGUGAAUGUUUUUGCCACAACAAAUAAGAAAGCAAGGAGAUGGUUAUGUUAAUCAGUUAGAUGUAAACAUUCCACAUUGUGUAUCAAAUCAGCACAUUGU